GAGAGGGAGAGAGUGUCGCAGAAGAAAAAAAAUAACACUUUUACGACUCCUGCAAACUGCGGAACAUUGCUUUCACCUUUGUGGAUUUUUUUUUACGUGUGUGCAUCUUACAUGUAUUUUUGUUCCUGUAUUGGCUGCUCUGAAAGAGACUUGUAACCGGACUUGAGCGCGCGGCAGUGUUUUAACUCUGGAAACCAGGCGCUGGAUUUUUAUUUUAUUCUAUUUUGCUGUUUAGACUCAGAACAUCCCAGACGUGGCAUGACUGGUAUCUGGCAUCUAGACAGGUGAAUAGUUUCCCUUCCUCUCGAUAAGAACUUUUUUUUAAACAUUGGGGAUAAAAAGUACACUUUGCAAAAAAAAAAAAAAAAAGAUGUCAAAGCCCGCUGAUCACAUCAAGAGACCCAUGAACGCGUUCAUGGUCUGGUCCAGGGGCCAGAGGAGGAAAAUGGCACAGGAGAACCCCAAAAUGCACAACUCGGAGAUCAGCAAAAGACUGGGCGCCGAGUGGAAGCUGCUCUCCGAGUCCGAGAAGAGACCUUACAUCGACGAGGCCAAGCGGCUGCGCGCCCAGCACAUGAAGGAGCACCCCGACUACAAGUACAGACCCCGGCGCAAACCCAAAAACCUGCUCAAGAAGGACAGGUACGUUUUCCCUUUGCCUUACCUCGGGGACACCGACCACUUGAAGGGGCUCCCGGUGUCGGCCGCGGACUCUCUUUUGAGCCACUCGGAGAAAGCCAGAGCGUUUCUGCCGCCCACCACGGCUCCGUACUCCUUCCUCGACCCGAGCCAGUUCAGCUCCAGCGCCAUCCAGAAGAUGACGGAGAUGCCGCACACGUUGAGCACCAGCACUUUGCCGUACGCGUCCUCUUUGGGAUACCAGAACGGCGCGUUCGGCACCCUGGGGUGCCCCAGUCAGCACACCCACACCCAUCCGUCGCCCACAAACCCGGGCUACGUCGUCCCGUGUAACUGCACGGCCUGGUCAGCGUCAAGUUUACAGCCCCCGGUGGCCUACAUACUUUUUCCAGGUAUGACCAAGACUGGGAUAGACCCAUAUUCAUCCGCACACGCCACUGCCAUGUAACCCCUCAGACUCUUUUCUUUUUUAAAAAUUCACUUGAAAUGCAUGUAAAUAUAUUAUGGACAGCGCGCCCCGUUAAAAAGGCAUGAACAGUAUUAUCUGCCUUGGACUUGUUAUGGCAAAAAACAACAACAACAACAACACACACACACACACACACACACACACACACACAAAAGAAACUUUUCCAGAAAUCCAACAAGUUCCAGAGCGGAGCGGAGGAGCUGGGAUUUAAAGGACGCCCCCCCUCACCCCCACUGUCACCUGUAAGAAAUGUAAAUGUUAUAAUGGCAGCCAGAAAAAGGAGGCCUUUAACUUUAUUUAUUGUGUACAUUUCAAUGCUGAUAUGCUGAUUUGUGUUAUUGAUAGGGUUUUUAUUUUGAGAAAAAAAAUUGGCUUGCACAAUUCUGAUUUCCUGUAUAGGCCUAUAAGUACGAUUUUAUGAUGUUUGGAUAGGGUCAAAAUCAGGACCGUUAGGCUGGAUUAUAUACGGGUCAUAUUGUUUAUAUUUAUCAAAAAACUGGCACAUAAAACUAGUCUAUUUAAAGAUGACAAAAAGUCAUUUACUUUUAAUUUUGCAUUUUUCCUGUGGUUCAGUGCUAAUAUCGCGUCAUUUUUUAGUUUUGUUUUCUUGUUUUUAAGGAUAACUUCUAUUUGAAUUCAAGGAGUUAUAUGUGUAUUAUCAUCUAAGAUGGUAUUUUAAAAACCUGUCAUGUUAUGGAAAGGAUAAUGUAUCUAGAAGGUUGAUACCUCCUGCCCUUUGUUCAACUGCUGAGCAGAGGCAUUUCGAAUAAAGACAAUCUGUCUUCAACGC